AUGGAGGAGCUGGUGGGCGUGGUGGUGGAAGCGAACAGGCUGAAGAGGAGCGUCUUGGCCAACGUCAUGAGCGCCACUACCGUGUACAAGGCGACGUUGUUCUUAGAGGCGGCGGCGGAGUUCUUGGUAGGGUUUUGUGAUGCGAAAUUGGUGAAGGAGUUUGAGGAGUGCGAGAAAGCUUCCUGGACGGUGUCUAACUCGACGGCGACGUGGUUGGAGGCGUUGCCGAUGGUGGUGGAAUUGAAGAAUUCGAGACGAUGGAAGAAAAAACUGGAAAUUGGAGACUGUGGGGUUCGCCGGAAGCCGCAAUUCACGCGUGAACAAGGGUCGCCGGAAUUCUUCGCGAGAUGGAGGCGGCGCUGGGCAGCGACUCACGGCGUGGGAGGAGAGCGGUUCGUGGCGUUGCUGGGGUCUCGUCGCAGAGGGCUCGCGAUUGGUUCUGAUCGAAAUUCGCAGGUCCACGCGGAGGAUACUCGCCGGCGGGAGGCUCGCGGCAUCAGAUUUGCAGAGACUCGCGGCUUGUUGCUCGCGAACAGAGAUGAGUUCACGGCGGAGGACUUGCGAGCAGGCGACGGUCGGGGGUACUGCGCGGCGGAGGGGGUCGCCGGCAAUUGGUCUGCGCGUUCAGAGGAUGGCGGAGGAGGAGAUGACGAGAUGAUGGUGAUGGUGUCGCGGCGCGUCUGGGUGGUCGCGGCGACGGGAAAGAUCAGAGGAAGGGAUGAUGACGAUUGGUGGUGA